CACUCUUGGCACCCGCAUCGGGUAAGAACGUUGAGCAAUUGCAAUUUGAUCCCGGGAGACGUGAUAGUUCUUCUUUUUCUUUCUUCUGGACUAUCAAUGGCUCUGUGUUUCGCUAAAUCAAGAAAUAUUGUUCACCGUAUAUCAAAGCUUGGUACACUGGGUCUGCUGAGGUCUUCUCCUUCACUACCAGCAUCAUCUGCUCGAGAUUUCAAAAACCCAAUUCAUGGUGCACUCUGUAUUUGCUCUGCUCGAAGAUUCCAGUCCACCGAUACUAAGCAGUUCCUGGAUUUUCCUGGUGGAAAGGUUCCAUUCACCCCUGAAAUGAGGUUCAUAUCUGAAUCUGCUGAAGAACGGAUUCCCUGUUACCGGGUCCUUGACGACAAUAGUCAGCUAAUUAUGCACGGCAAUUUUGGUCAGGUCAGCCCAGAAGUUGCUGUGAAAAUAUAUACUGAUAUGGUUACACUUCAAAUUAUGGAUAAGAUCUUCUAUGAAGCACAGAGGCAAGGAAGAAUUUCUUUCUAUUUGACCACUAUUGGAGAAGAGGCCAUUAACAUUGCAUCAGCUGCAGCUCUCACAAUUGACGACCUUGUUGUCCCUCAGUAUAGGGAGCCAGGCGUUUUACUAUGGCGUGGUUUUAGCCUGCAAGAAUUUGCAGACCAGUGUUUUAGCAAUAAAUCUGAUGGUUGCAAAGGCCGGCAGAUGCCUAUUCACUAUGGAUCAAGAGAGCAUAAUUACUUUACUGUAGCAUCAACUAUUGGUUCACAACUCCCCCAUGCGGUUGGUGCUGCAUAUUCCAUGAAGAUGGAUGGAAAGGAUGCUUGUGCUGUCACUUAUUUUGGUGAUGGUGGCUCAAGUGAGGGAGAUUUCCAUGCUGCUUUGAAUUUCGCAGCUGUUAUGGAGGCCCCUGUUAUAUUCAUUUGUCGGAACAAUGGAUGGGCUAUCAGUACCCCUACUUCAGACCAGUUUCGAAGUGAUGGUAUUGUUGUUAGAGGCCGGGCUUAUGGAGUCCGAAGUAUUCGUGUAGAUGGUAAUGAUGCUCUUGCUAUGUAUGGUGCUGUACGUGCUGCUCGUGAAAUGGCCAUCAGUGAACACAGACCAAUAUUAAUCGAGGCCCUAACUUACCGUGUCGGCCAUCACUCCACAUCAGAUGAUUCCACCAAAUAUCGUCCAAUCGAUGAGAUUGAAUGGUGGAGAAAAGCUCGAGACCCUGUCACUAGAUUUGGGAAAUGGAUACAAAGUAAUGGGUGGUGGAAUGGUGAGACCGAGUUAGAGCUCAGAAGCCGUGUAAGAAAUCAGAUAUUAAAUGCGGUUCAAAAAGCAGAGAAAGUAGAUAAACCCUCCGUGUCCGAACUUUUUACCGACGUGUAUGAUGUUCUGCCAUCCAACCUCUGCGAGCAAGAUGAACUUCUUAGAAGAACAAUCAAGAGACACCCACAGGAUUACCCAAAAGAUGUUCCUUUGUAAAACAACUCUUUGUUAAUAGCUAUGGACUUCUGCUCUAGAAUCUACUUAUUAGCCAUGCUGUUUAGUUGAAAGGAGAUUGCCUUGCUUGUUUUUAAGCGUUUGGUACAUUUGGACUUCAAUCAAGUGUAGAUGAGAUUGUGCCAAUAACUCGCCUUGCAUUUUGUGUUAAUAAGAGCAUGAAAAAUUCUUUAGAUUGUA